UUACAAUGUUUCUUCGGAGAUCAAAUCUAGUUUGGAUGAGGUUGAAAUCAAAACUUGAGAAAGUGAUGCCUGGCCAGUGGGAAUUCCAAGUCGGACCAUCUGUUGGCAUUUCAGCUGGAGACGAGCUGUGGAUAGCUCGUUACAUAUUGGAGAGGAUCACUGAGAUUGCUGGAGUUGUUGUAUCAUUCGACCCCAAGCCCAUCGAGGUGCAAACCAGGAUUCCACACAAUUCCUCUCUCCGCUGUGAUGGUGUUUAUUCGCUUAUAAUCUCAUUUCCAUCUCCUAUUUGUUGCAACCCCUUCUUCUCCACACGCCACUCUCAUCACAACUGCAUCAACCUCUUUCUCUCUCUCUAGCUGGGGCUAGCUUUCUUCGACUCUGACAUUGCUUGCAACUAACAAUGGCGGAACAAGAAAACUGCGUGAGAGUCACCCGCUUGGCGGCGAGGAAGAGAGCUGCGGAGGAGACGCUGCAGCGGAGCACGAACAAGAGAGUGGUAUUGGGUGAGAUUCAGAACGUUCUAGGUUUGGAUGGAAAGUCGAAUGGGGUUGAUUACAUGUUUCUUUUUUAUCUGAAGUUUCUAAUAUUUUCCAGCUGCUGCAGUUUAAGUUUUCAUCUGCUGCCCGUGUUUGGGUUUGUGUGUAUGUUCUUUUCUUGAUUCUUUUCUAUGUCUCUCUUAGUUAACGAGUUUCUAAAGAGUAUAUAUUAGUUUUUGUAAUGCGGCUCUCUAAUCUUAUAAAUGUGAUACAUAAUACUUCUUUGGUGGGAGUAAACUUUAUGGCGUGGGACUCAAAUCUUAUCAAGAUUAUUUUCCCAAUUUCCUUUUUCAGUGGAUAAAUUGCUGCUUAUAUUCUUAAUAUUGUAAAUAUUUAGUUGGCUUUAUCAAGAUUUUUACAUUUUCAUAAGAGAGAAAUGUAUUUUGAUUUAUUUGAAAGAAUCAUCAAUAUUGAGAUUAGCUUCUAUAUCUUAUC